UUCAAACAAUAAUGGCGCCCAGACGAAAUCGAGUACAGUUGACAACUAACGAAAGAUACGAAAUCCUUCAGAUGAUAGAUAGAGGUGUGACUUUCGAAAUCAUAGCAAAAGCGUACGGUAUUGGACGAUCCACCGUGGAUGAUAUAAUGGCAAACGAAGGAAGGAUAAAAGAUUAUUUAGAGUUCAACACAAUGGUUCGUAGGUGGUCCCCAAAUCAUUUAAUUAAGUCACGCCAUAUGGAUUUAGAAAGAGUUCUUUACCUGUGGUACAUACGAUGUAAAGCGAAACGUGUACGAAUAACAGGACCACUGAUACGCAAAAAAGCUCUGGAGCUAAAUAAAGAAUUAAACGGAGAUCCUAAUUUUAAAGCCAGUAGCGGUUGGUUGCUACGGUUUAGAGUACGUCACCGUAUCCGUAAAAGGGGUAUCAGGGAAGAUAUUCGAACCUCAAAUAAAGAUGCAGCGAAUAACUUCAAAGCUCGUUUUAAGAAACUUCUGCAAGACGAGGGGUUUACAUUGGAGAACGUUUAUAAUGCCGACUACAGAGAACUAAUGUGGAGAGCAGUACCAAAAGAAGCUUUGAUCUUUCGCAAUGGAAAGUCGACAGGAAUCCCAAAAAUGUGCCAAGAUCACAUUACUACACUUUUUUGUGCAAAUGCUACCGGAUGUCAUAAGUUGCCGGUACUAAUCCACACAUUUGUGAAACCUGAAAGUUCCCACAAUUUGAAUGCAAAUCUCUUCUCAACUAUCUACACAGAUAAUACCAAUGCUUGGAUGGACAGUAACAUCUUCAGUCAAUGGUUCGAAAAAUGUUUCUUAAAAUCAGUUAAAGAAAGACAGCUGAAAAACGGACGCAGGGAGAAAACUUUGUUGUUACUAGAUCAUGUUGGCUCACGUCACGAUCUCAAGGAACUAAAUCAAAAAGAUGAAUUCGUUAGAGUCAUGAGUUUUCCAUUUAAGGCUGCUCCGCUCAUACAACCAAUGGAUCGUGGAAUAAUCGCAUGUUUCAAGCGAAAGUACCGAAAAGAAUUGCUGGAAACAUUAAUGCCAUUACCUAUCUGCAAUACGGAGCAAGAGGUGAUAGACAACCAUAAGCAAUUAACAUUGCGGGAUUGUUGCCGCAUCGUACAUGAUGCUUGGUCAAGUGUCAACGAAGUAAUACUCAAAAACGCGUGGGACAUACUUUUGAAGAAUAAAAGCGAACGGAGUGCGGAAGACUUAGAAACAAUAAAAAAGGACGUAGAUGAAACAGUUGCAUUGCUGCAUAGAUUACCAGGUUGCGAAGGGUGCAACAGAAAGGGCGUGGUAAGCUGGUUUCAAAUUGAUGACACAGAUGAUACAGUUAUGACGAUAUGUACCGACGAAGUUCUUCAAGAUUUUGAAUACAAUCCUCUGAAUCAAGUGAACAUAGGUACUGUCGACGAGGAAGAUGAGCCUUCUCAUUCGUGGUUCUAAAAAAAAGAGCUCACAUAGUUUGAAGUACAAAGUGGAAGUAAUUCGGAGGAAUUAUUUGUAUUAAGACAUAUAUAUUAAAAAAUAUAUUAAGAAAUAUAAUAUGAUUUAGCGGUAGGGAAAAUGUGGGACACGUACGAUUUUAUGUAGCGUUUAAUUGUUUUUUU